AGUUUUAGAACGACUGUGAACGUGAUCCGGAUUAUUUUACGAAUAUUCAGAUCAUGAUCUAGUUGACUAAUCGGGUUUGAGGGGCACGUAUCAUGUGUCUUAUCUUUAUUCCAGAUAAGUGUAAUAGUGUUAUUUAUCUAUUUUUGUUUAAUAGUUGAAAUAGAAAUAUUACCGAAGUUUUAUUUAAAAUGAAAAUUUUUAUAUUUUCUGUCUUAUUUGUUAGUGUUUCUUCCUAUAUUCAUGAAGAUAAGUUAUGUACUGAUAAUUUCAUUAGAGAUGCUUGUACUGAAAUCCAAAGAAAUAGAAUUUAUGAAUGCUUAGAAGUUUAUUCCAAAGUUGAAUGUUUACUAAAUAUUGACCAGGGUAAACAUCAGUUUGCUAUUAUUGAUCCAGAACAGGCACUUCUAGCAAAUACUCUCGUAUCUGAUAAUGUUGUAGUCCUUGCUGAAAUUGUUUCGAAAAAAUCUCCUUAUCAAACAGUUGUGGUGGUUCGAAAAUUUUAUAAUAACAGUUUUGAAAACUUGAGAGGAAAACGUCUAUGUCAUCCUGGUUUUAAACACGACGAACUUGUAACAAAAUUUGUUUUAAACGAAUUGGAAAAUCGAAUAAUUGAUGGAAAUACUACAUUUUGUAAUGAUUCUACUUCUAUUUUGGAAAAAAAACUGGGUGUGCUGAGUAAUUUUUUUGGUAAAAGUUGUCGUCCUGGUCCAUGGACAGAUGGUGAUGAUGGGUUGGAUGCACGACUCAAAGAAAAAUAUUCUAACUUAUGUGAACUCUGUGGCACUCAGAAAUGCGAAACUGAGUAUAGAACACCUUUCAACGAUACCUUGAAGUGUCUUGUUCAAAAUGGAGGAGAUGUAGCUAUCUCCAGCCUUUCUGAUGCCUUAAUAUUUUUUAAUAGCUCGGACAAUGCAGAAAACUUCCAGUACUUAUGUCCUAAUGGUUCUGCUAGUAGUUCGUCAGCUCCUUGUACAUGGACAAACCAAUUGAAUAGGCUUAUAAUAACAGAAAAGAGUGUUACCAAAGAGCUGGAGGAUUUUCUGACAACUAAUAUGCCACAUCACUUGAGUCCACUCACAAAUCAAACAAUUAUGAGAACUAAUUUAGAAGAUUCGAUACAAUUAGUCCUGAAAAUGAGUAAAGUCGAUCAGAUCUCUUUUAUUGAACCUGUCGCACUCACAGCUUAUGUAAAAGCAAGAAGAUCUAGUCAGAUAAUAACAAACAAUUCUUUCUGCGACGAACAAAUUAACUGGUGUACAUCAAAUGAUGUGGAACAUCAAAAAUGUCUUUGGCUUCAACAGGCAAGCCUCAUUUAUGGACUGCAACCUGUUAUACAAUGUGUACAAAGUCAGGAUAUUGACCCAAUUUCUUGUUUAAGUGAUAUACAAACUGGAAAGUCAGAUCUCGCUUAUAUAGACUUCUCUUUUGGGUACACUGCUGCAAAAAAAGACUUAAUUGGUAUUGCUUACCCUGAAAUAAAUCCAGAAAACUUAGCAACUAUUGUAAUAGUCAUCCGAAAUGACACCACCAAUAUCAAAACUUUGAAAGAUUUGAAAGGAAAGUCCUCCUGUAUUCCACAAUACGGCGGUAAAGAAUGGUUGACCUUCAUUGACACCUUAAUAUCCAUGAGAGUUCUCCAAGAUUCCUGUGACUAUGCACAAAUCUUCAGUGAUUUUGUUGGCUCUAGCUGUGUUUCUGGAGCAAAUUCCAAGGAUUAUGAGUUUAAUACUGGAGACUCCGAGAAGUUAUGUGCCCAGUGCUUACCCGUUAGAAACACAUUACCUGCGAAGUAUUGUAAUGCAGAUUCUGACAAUAAACACUAUGGUACUGAUGGUGCUCUAAGAUGUCUCUCUACCGGGUAUGGAGAAUAUGCCGUAAUAACUAUUAAAGAUAUCGUCGAUUUUAGAGAUAAUUCAGAAAAUUUCCUCGCUCUUUCCAAAAAAGGUGAUGCAUUACCAAUCACUAAUUGGUUCGUUAAUCCCGAUUCAAUUUUAAAUGUGAUUAGUUUGGGUGAAGUAGUUGUUAAAAAUAAUACGUCUAAAAAAGAAGACAUCAUUCAACUAUUGAAAGCAAUUGACUUACAUUUUGGAGUUAGUCUCAAUAAACAGUUCAAGGUGUUUGAAACGUUUAAUGAAACCCAGGAUUUGUUGUUUCCUGAAUCUACAAUGGGUUUGGCAUUUAGUGCUGGAUCAGGAACUUUUGAUGAAAAUUUCCAAAGUCUACUGGAACGUUCUGAGCAGUGCGAAUCACCAAAGAACGCUGCUACUUUUAUCCAAUGUAGCUUCUUUAUGACUGCUAUUAUUAUUCUUGUUAUUGGUAUAUUUAGUUGAAAUUUGUAUUGACAUUUACCACAGUAUUUCGCAGUUUCUACAGUAUUCUUUCAUGGUUUUUAUUUAUCUACUCCUUAUCAAUGAAAACUAUUUUGAUUUGAUAAGAUAUAAUUUAGAUAACUUAUAUAAAUUAUUUUUUUAUGUUAUUUGUUCAUUUUACUUGCAUAUUCCUCAAUAGUUGCUACAUCGAAAUAUUACUAGUAUAGAUUGUUGUUCUUCUAACAAUCUUAAUUUGACACAAUAGAAUGUUGUUCUCCAUCUGUGCAGUUCAUGCAAAUUAAUUUCAGGUGUGCCGGACACGUACAUUGAUUACAGUUACUACAAGAUUUUCUUGUGGUUUUGUUUCUACACAAAUGGCAACGUCCAGUGGUUGAGUUACGAUUUUCUAUUUCUCUUGAAAUUUACUUAGUAGGAAAGACGCGUUGUUUUAUUUGAGGUGAUAUGUGGGGUUUUUGGAACCAUUUUCACAUGACAGAUCUUAUCAGAUGGUAUGCUACCUCCUCCAAAAAUUUUCAUGUCAUAUUAAGUACAUAUCUGAUCUACUAAAUCAACUUUAAAUUUAGUUUUAUUGUAAUCAGUAAUUAACUCUUGCUUCCGGUACUCCCCAGUAUCUUCAUCUAUAGUAAUGUCGUGAUGCAUUGUUGAUAAAGUCAGUACAGCUUUGCUUUUUUUUUGGCAAUGUGAACCAAAGUGCACUUUUUCUGGUGAAAACCAAAUAAACAACUACUUACUUGUCUACUUUUUCCGGCUAUAAAUUCUACCGCCAUUUGGACCUUAUAUUUACGAAUCGUAACAUUGAUAUCAAACUUUUUUUUCUAGUACUUCCAAGGCUAAUGGAACGCUUGGAAAAUAAUUGUCAGUUGUAAUAUUUCUGCCCAUGCCUUCAAUAUAUUUCAAAAUUCCUUUGAUCCCAUCCGCACCAGUCCACUCUACAUACUGUCCGUCGAUCUGCGGGUGUGCACUAGUGCACCCCAUACUUUGUAGGUUUACUGGGUGGAUAUUGCCUAAAAAGCAUUUGUCUCUAAAUGCAACUAGAUGCUCAUGUACGGUCAAAUACUGAGAGGGUAUAUAGUUUUUCCUGAUUUUCCUAAUUCUAUAUAAACAUUUUGAGUAGAUCUCUUAUGGGAGCUAAUUUGUCGAAAUAUUUUCUUUGAUUUACAGUAAAAUAUUAUCAAAUCUAUUCCAUUAGAAACGAAAGCGAGAUACAGACAUUGUUAAAUAUUGUACUAUUAAUACCAUCUAAAAAAGGCAAUCCGAUUCAGAUUUGGAAGAACGAAUUACUCUUUUAGUCACCAAGUAUUUAUAUAUUAUACAUUGAAUGAUUUUUCUUUUAUUUAAACGUUUGUGUGCCCUUAUGCGCAAUGCGUAUGCAGAACAACAAUUUGAAUUUUUGUACGAUUUUAAUUUUAUCAAAUUUAAAAAAAUGGUAACAAUAUUCUUUCCACUACCCUUCAUUUAUCUUUAUCAAAGUAAGGAUGAAAAAUGUCUAAAUUCGUGGAUAUGUUGAUAUGUGAAAGAGAAAGCAGAACCAAAUGUGAGAUACCAUAUCUUCGACUACUACGAAUCCCUAGAGAUAAACCUUCUAAAAAUAGAAAAGGUAAUGCAAUAGCAGCACAGUCAUCUUUCUAACAAGCAGUAAAAAUUAUGUACGACCAUUAAAACAUUUGCCUCUCCCAACAGGAACUGUCCCACUGUAGCAAUAAACUUCGUGUGAAGGUCUUGAAUUUCUGAACACUGUAUGAAGAGUCUAUACACAAACACGCUGAAUAUGAGAAAAUCGUACAGCUCAUUUGUGAAUAUCGACAAUUAUUCAGACCUCAUCUAUCUACAGGAGAGUUGGGAAAUGACUACUGACAUCAAUCAUCUGCAGUGAGUUUAAGUCUAGACAUUAUUCAGAUCAAUAAUCUAUAUUUUAAAGCACAGUUGGCUGAAAAAAUGAAAUCAGUAACUGAUGUAAAACAGCUUGUCUAAAACUUAGAAACUUAUCAAUUUCGAAACGCAAAAAUUGUCAGAUAAGGAAGUAAAAAUUCAACAAAUAACAUAAAGAAAUUCGGGUUGGUGACAUAAUAAAUAAAAUUUUCAACAUAAAUUUACUAACUAUUGUGGAUCAGAUUAUAUCCAAAAAUGGUCUUGGUCGAUACCAUUUCUGAUCGAAAUUAUAAAUAAUACAUCUUUUGUUAUUUCUUGGAAAUGUGUGGUUGAUUGGUGUAAGGAUGAAUUCGAAUUCAUGGGUGAGCAUUUUUAUUCCUAAAGAGCUAUAUUCUUGUUAGUCAUAUUGUACUAUAUUUAUAAUUACUACUCUUUGAAUAUGUAAGAAAAUGUAAAUAUUUGUUUUUUAACGAUUUUUGUUGAUCAUUGAUACAUUUAGGUUCCUAAAAGUUUCUUUAUACAGGAUAUACUAUGAUGGUUCACAGGUAUAACGCAAACUAAUGAUAAAUUUUUCUGAAUUUUCUUCUUCGUUUUAGUUUUUCGAGGAACUCGUUGCAGUUGAAAUAUUAUUUCUUUUAGACUUCCGAUUAUGCCGAAAGUGUAUACCAACUUUAUUUUAUUGUUAACACUCUGCUUUUUAUGGCUAUUUAACUAUAAGUUCAUUUGAAACAUAUGUCUAAUAGCUCCAUUUUGUAAAUUUUCAAAUAUUUAUGAAGCUUCAAGCAUUGUUAUUCAGAUUAAAUCUGGUAGUUAAUAACCCUAUAGUUCCUUAUAUUUUACUUCCAUAUAAACAGCUGCUUGCCACAUAAGUUAUCUUAUUGAGCUGGUAUCCUUUCAAUAAAAGCUUAUAAUGAUUUACAAUUAUUUUAGCAGCAGUAAUUUCAAAACUGUAUUCCAUUUAUACAAAAUCAAAUAGUUUUCCUUCACUCCGCAACAAAAAAAUAUUUCGUUAAAAUAUCUUAGUUUUUCUUUAAGUGUAAUUUUUGCCUGUUUUCACACUUCUAUUCUAAAAUAUUUAAAUUUGACAGCAGUAAUUUGAUUAUAUUGUGAUCAAAGUAGGCUGAGGAGAUUAAAACACCAGAAAUUUGCACAUUUUUUAUCGCGUUAUAUUAAUUUAUAUUACUUUGCAUUUUAUCUGCGUUACACUUAUUAAUUUUAUCAAUCUUAGCUUAGAUUAUUUUUGUGUAUAUUUAAUAUAUAAAUUUUACUAGUUGUAGUAGUAGUAACAUUUGCUUCAUAAAAUUUAUUUGGAAAAAUUCAAAGUUGUUUAAUGAAACAAUGUUAUUCAAUAAGGAACUGUUAAAUCACACAAUGAAGUUAUUAAUUAUCAAUAUUUUGUACUAUGGUAAAGUGAGUUUAUACAUGUGGCAUUAUUAAACAAAUUAAUUUUUUAUGCUAAUAUAUUAUGUGGUUAUAUAAUUUUUGAUAAAAAGAAAGAAAUUCAUUAUUGUUUUAUUAAGAUUGUGGAGAUAGUGUUAUUAUAAUUAAAGAGUUGUAUUAUGUAAUGAAGGGUGAUUCAGGAAAAGUUUACCUCCGCCUCUAGGAUAGACACAAAAAUGAACAAUAAUAAUUGGGACCUGCUCACUAAAAAAAAUCGUAACACCAUCCGUAUUGAAGAAAAAAGUUUCUUUACAAUAUUGUCGAAACUACUGGCAACAUUGUAAUGAAAUUUUCUAUGAAUAGGUUUUGGACGUUGACACAUCCCAUGAAUUUAUUUUUAUGUCUGACUUUCACAUAGGGCUAGUUACAUGGUUUGAAACAAGUAGUAUUGAAAAGAACUUUUUUCAGGUUAGAUUUGUUAAUCAAACUUUCAAAUGAACUUGAACAUCAUUCAAUUUUACUUCAAAAAUGUACUUUUGCUAAAAUUCGAUACUGUGUACUGUCUUUGGAAUAUGUUGAUUUGCAAAUUAUGAAGAAAUAACUUAUGCUGACAGUUUUUAUGGCAAAAUCAAUUAUACUGAUUAAUGAAUUUACACAAAAGAAAAGUUCCUAAUGUCAUUUUUUUAACUUUUAUCCGUUUUAUCAUGAGGUCGAAAUUUUGAUGAAUAAAUUCAAUAUAAAAAUGCUAUGUUCAAUACUACAAUACUUGGUAUGAACCGUGUAAUUAGAGCCCUGAGAGACAGAUAUAAAAACAAUGUAUCAGCUUCCAAAACUUACUCGUAUAAAGUUUCAUUACAAUGCUGCUACAAAAUCGUAACAAAUGUCAAUUAUUUUUUUAAAGGCUUUUAUCUUGAAUACGGAUGGCAUUACGAAACUUUUACUGAGUAAAGUACUUUUCAGUUUUCUAUCUAUUCUAAAGGUCGGGUACCCUGCUUUCGUCACACCCUAUAUAAAACGUUAUACCUUAUUUAUUUACUUAUAACUGAUAUAUUUGUAGAAAUUUAACCAUAUGGCCUCUGGUGAUUUAACAAUCACUAUAAAAAUCUCGAAAACACCGUGUCUUACUGAUUUAUAAAAUCCAUUGUUUUGAUGUGAACAAAAAUAAGUAGAAAAGAGAUAGGUUUCCAAUGAUCACUGUUAUUUUGUCAUCUAUUUGUCUGAACACGUAUUUUUCUACCACUAAACUUACGUUGAUAAUUUCUCUGUCCUUCGACUCUAGUAUGAAUCAACGAAUCAUGGAAGGCUCGAAAGACCAGAAGGUGUAAUUGUGAGUUUUGGCAAUAUUGAGUAUGCAUAUCACCAUCGGUUCCAGAUAUUCAAUUGAAACAACUGUAUACAAACAAACAAGUUUUGUUCAGAAACCUAUAAAAAUCUUUGUAUUGAUUGCCUUACAUCUCGGAAGCUUAUAACUUAUAAAACUGAAACUAUUUAAAGUUACAGGAUAAAUUUUAUGUUAACAUUAUGAAGAAUAAUAAAUUCGAUGCUUGUACAAGUUUGUUAAGAAUAUCCUUAUAUCAUCAUAGGCCAAACAUAUCAAAAGUAUUUUUGAUAUAUUUUUUUCGAAUGUCAAAUCUAUAUUAUAUUUUUAAAGUUGUAAUAUAAAAUUUUCUAUUGGUGA